AUGCCGAACCUACCUGAGCUACGGCUCUCUAUUGCAGAGAUGUGUGACUUUCUCUCAAUCCUGCUUUUGUAUCACAACAUUGAGGACAGCCAAAUGGGGCCCCAAGUGGAUGAACAGGAAGUUGCAGAUAUUGGUGGGCAGCUGAUUCGCAAGUCACCCGACGAAAUCAGUUUUGAAUUUAGGCAUCACACGGUUGAGGGAUACCUGACUGCGAUUAUUCCUGAAGACAAGCAGCAAUUCAAAAUUGAUGACCAGAUUGCUGACAGUGAUGUCAUUGACGAGCUGAAUCGUUAG